CAAAUGUUACUUUUACUUACGAUUCUAAUUGAGUGACUUGUUAUUAAUUUUGUUCCUCUCAUAAUUAACUAAUUAUGUUAAUAUUUUCUCUAAGUAAAAAUGGUAUCAGUAGAUUACCAUCACCUCUGGUGUGGUCAAUCAGUCGAUGGUCAUCAACAUCAACAACAAUUAAACCUUUUUCAGAUUAUAAAAGUGAUCAUUUUGUUAACCGUCACAUAGGCGCAAGGGAACAUGAGAAACAACAAAUGUUGUCAACAAUUGGCUACAAAACUUUGGAUGAGCUGAUUGAUCAAACAGUUCCGGAAACAAUUAAACUUAAACGAGAACUUAAUCUUGAUGCUGAAUUAACCGAGAAUGAAUUAGUUAAACGAUUAAGACAAAUUGCCGAUGAAAAUAAUCACAAUUGGAGGUCAUUUAUUGGACUUGGUUAUUAUAAUUGUUACACACCAGCACCGAUAUUGAGAAAUUUAUUUGAAAAUCCAGGAUGGAUAACCCAAUACACACCUUACCAGGCUGAAAUAGCCCAAGGGCGAUUAGAGAGUUUACUUAAUUACCAAACGAUGAUUUGUGAUUUAACGUCAUUGGAAAUUUCUAAUGCAAGUCUAUUAGAUGAAGGAACCGCGGCUGCUGAAGCAAUGCAAAUGUCUUUAAGGCAUCAUCGAAAUAAACGAAAUAAGUUUCUAGUCUCUGACAAAGUUCAUCCACAAACGAUUUCGAUUGUUAAAACUCGUGCCGAUGCCUUAGGAACGGAGAUUCAUUUUUUCACAGAUUUAUCUUUAGUUGGAUCAUUUAAUUUGGAAGAGUUUUCCGGAAUUUUAAUUCAGAAUCCCGACACCGAUGGUAAUAUUUUCGACCUCACUGAGAUAACGACAAAGGCCAAGGAAUCGGGUGCCAUCCUAUCAGUUGCAACUGACCUUUUAGCCUGCCUUUUAACUAAACCACCCGGUGAAUAUGGCCCUGGGUGCGAUAUUGCCAUUGGUAAUACCCAAAGAUUUGGUGUACCCCUUAAUUAUGGUGGACCUCAUGCCGCUUUUAUGUCGUGCCGAAAUUACUUGACCCGAAUCAUGCCUGGUCGGGUUGUCGGGGUAACCAAAGAUUCCCAUGGUAAUCCAGCGGUUCGUUUGGCAUUACAAACUCGAGAGCAACAUAUCCGCCGUGAUAAGGCCACUUCCAACAUCUGUACAGCUCAAGCUUUAUUGGCCAAUAUGUCGGCCAUGUAUGCCAUUUAUCAUGGACCUGAAGGACUUAGGUCAAUCGCUGAAACAGUUCACCAAAAAACGGUUUACCUUCGUGACCAAAUCACCGCUUCGGGUAUUUGUAAGGUAACCAAUUCAACCUUUUUCGAUACCCUUAAAGUGGCCGUGCCCGACAUUUCAACAAUCAAAUCAAGAGCUGCAAUUAAACAAAUUCACCUACGAUAUUUUCCCGAUAAUAAACAUGUUGGUAUCUCACUUGAUGAAACUGUUACCGAUCAAGAUUUAGAAAAUUUAAUUUGGAUUUUCAGUUCAAAUGAUGAUAAUCGACUAAUCUCACAAUCAACUAAACCGGUCAACUCAAUUAUUCCUAAACAAUUAGAAAGAGAAUCAAAAAUUUUGGUUCAUCCAAUUUUCCAUAAAUAUCAUAGUGAGACUAAACUGAUUCGAUACAUGAAAAUGCUGGAAAAUAAAGACAUUUCUUUGGUCCACUCGAUGAUACCUUUGGGUUCAUGUACAAUGAAGUUAACUGGAACAACCGAAUUGUUGGCUUCUUCUUGGCCACAAUUUGCCAAUAUUCAUCCAUUUGUACCAUUGGACAGUGUCCAUGGUUAUCGUCGUCUUAUGGAUGAAUUGAAACACGAUCUUUGUGAAAUAACGGGUUAUGAUGAUAUCUCAUUCCAACCAAAUUCUGGUGCCCAAGGGGAAUAUGCUGGCCUUCGAGUAAUCAAAGCAUAUCUUGACCAUAAAGGAGAAAGUAAUAGAAAUAUUUGUUUGAUUCCAAUAUCAGCUCACGGAACUAAUCCAGCAAGUGCUCAAAUGGCUGGAAUGAAAGUGAAAACAAUUAACGUUAAUAAAGAUGGUUCCAUUGAUAUGGUUCAUCUAAAAGAGAAGCUCGAUAAUUAUGGAGAUAGUGUGGCUUGUAUGAUGAUAACUUAUCCGUCAACUUUUGGUGUUUUCGAGGAGCAAAUAGCGGAAAUAAUUCAACUUGUCCAUAAAUAUGGUUCGGCUCAGGUUUAUCUUGAUGGUGCAAAUAUGAAUGCUCAGGUUGGACUAUGUCGACCAGGAGAUUAUGGGAGCGAUGUGUCACAUUUAAAUCUUCAUAAAACAUUUUGUAUACCUCAUGGUGGAGGUGGACCAGGAAUGGGUCCAAUUGGAGUGAAGAAACAUUUAACUCCAUUUUUACCUUCACAUCCAAUUGUACUGCAAGAUUCAUUACCUAACAGUUUUGGAACUGUUUCUGCCGCUCCUUGGGGAUCUUCGGCAAUUUUACCGAUCAGUUGGGCUUAUACCAAGAUGAUGGGACCGAAAGGAUUGAGACACAGUUCGGAGAUUGCGAUUUUAAAUGCUAAUUAUAUGGCCAAAAUUUUGGAAAAAGCUUAUAAAAUACUUUUCCGUGGCAAGUAUGGUAAUGUUGCCCAUGAAUUCAUCCUGGAUAUCAGAGAUUUCACCAAAACAACAAACGUUGAGGCGAUGGAUAUAGCGAAGCGUUUACAAGAUUAUGGUUACCAUGCACCGACCGUUUCAUGGCCUGUGCCGAAUACCUUAAUGGUUGAACCAACCGAAUCUGAAGAUAAGGGAGAAUUGGAUAAAUUUUGUGAAGCACUUUUAUCGAUUCGAGAAGAGAUCGCAGAUAUUGAGAAGGGAGUUUACGAUAAAAAUAUUAAUCCACUUAAGCUCGCUCCUCAUACUCAAAGACACGUUUGCUCUUCCAAUUGGGAUCGACCUUAUUCCAGGGAGAAAGCGGCAUUCCCAGCGAAAUUCGUAUUACCAGAGUCCAAAAUAUGGCCAACAGUGGGAAGAAUUGACGACGCUUUUGGAGAUAAGAAUUUAUUCUGUACUUGUCCUCCAUUGAGUGAUUAUAGUGAUAAUUAAUUGUGGAGAGAAAUCCCAAAUUCCAUGACAAGUUCCAAGUUCAAAUGAAGAUUUUAUUUUGUUUUUGAUGUUAUCACCAUUUGGAUAAAUAUAUAUUAAUGUUAAUUGAAGUGUCUUUUUGGCACCAAAGUUAUGUUAUUAAAUUAAAAAUCUUUUCCAAUUCUUA